AUGCGGUACUUACGCCUUCGUUUACGUUCUUCAUUUCUCUUCAGCUUGACGACACUAAGUCUUUUCUGUCUUCUAACAUUUCAUACAUUUUUAUGGUCAACAGCUGAACUUGAACAACAAGAACAAAUUCCAAAACCUCCUAAACCAUCUGUUGAUAUACCAUUUUGGUCGGCUCUCAAUCAACAAAAUAUCUAUGAUAUAAAAGCAACAAAAUCAAUUAAAUUAACUAAUCAUUCAUCAUAUAUAAGUCGUCAACGUAUCGAUGAACUUUUUCAAUUAGUACGUAAUGCUCGAAAUGAUCAAAUCGAUUCAGCUAAUAAAAAACAGUAUUAUUCUCUCGAUCCAACAUGGAGUUUUCAAAAAUUUGUUAAACAAUUAUCACAAACUGGUAAUAAUGAUACAAAUAUACAUAUUGACACAGGUGAUUCAACCAGUGUGAAAGUAACAAAUGCUAAACCACAACUUAAUUCCACAAUAGCAGGAAAAACUAUCAAUGAACAUGAUAAAAAACAAUUACGAUUUUUUAUACAUCAUGCUUUAAACAAAUGGAAACAAGAACAUUUCAAUGAUAAAAGAAUAACUUUAGCUGAUAUUAUGUAUGAUGCAUUAGUACAAGAUGAGCCCGAGAGAUUGAAUACAACAUGGUUUCAGUACAUAAAAACAGUAACUAAUUUUCAUAUCUACGAUCCACAUAGUCCAGAAUUUAAAAAUCUUCUAAAACAUUUGCAAUAUGGUAAAAUAACUGAAGCAAAUGAAAUGUCACAAGGUACUCAGAUUAAAAUUAUUCUUGACUUACCCAAUGGUUUUCAAGGAUUAUUAAAACCUUAUAGAGUACCGCGUAAUUAUCAAACACAACCAGAUCAUUUUUAUUUUAGUGAUGUUGAAAGACAUCAUGCUGAAAUAGCAGCAUUUCAUGUAGACAAAAUUCUAGGUUUCAAUCGUGUUCCUCCAUUAAUCGGGCGAUUUCUUAAUAUAACUAGUGAUAUUCGUGACAAAGCAACAGAAGAAUUAGCUAAAACAUUUUUUAUUUCACCUGCUGAUAAUCUGUGCUUCCGUGGUCAUUGUUCAUAUUAUUGUGAUACGUCACACGCUGUUUGUGGUAAACCAGGUGAUCAAUUAGAAGGUUCUGUUCAAAUUCUUUUACCACGACCACCUGAAAUAAAUUGGCAAAAAAUUAUUCAUCCAUAUCGUCGAUCAUAUAGUUCAAUACGAAAAGUUAAAUGGGAAUCAAAUGAAGAUUAUUGUUAUGAACAUGUAAUGAUAGAUGAAGAUUAUCAUAAUCGUUUAUUACUUGAUAUGAUGGAUCUAUCAGCAUUUGAUUUUCUUAUAGGUAAUUUGGAUCGUCAUCAUAUGAUGCGUAUUAAUUCAUUUGGUACAAAUACAGCUUUAAUACAUUUAGAUAAUGGUCGAAGUUUUGGUCGAUAUGAUUAUGAUGAUUUAUCAAUUUUAUCACCUAUUCGACAAUGUUGUUUUUUUCGUUAUACAACAUUUGCACGUUUAUAUCGUAUUUAUCAUCAAGGUUUUUCAAAAUUAGUUUCAGAUUCAUUAAAAACUAAUGAAAAAUUAGAAAUGAUUCUCGUUGAUGAACAUCUUAUUGCUAUUGAUAGACGUUUAGAAAUACUUUUUGCACAUCUCGAUAGUUGUAUUAAAACUUAUACAGUGAAAGGAGUUAUGAUCGAUGAUGGUAUAUAG